GAUGGCGCAACAAGUGCAGUGUGAGUGAGUCAUCGCAUCAAAUCGACUUCAGAUAUGAAUUCCGAGUGGAAACAGGCCAUGGCUUUCUGACGAACGAUGUCUCGUUUGGCCGACUAUUUCGUAGUCGUGGGGUUCGACCAUACAAAAGAAAGAGGUGGAAUUAGUUGUGGAAAAGUAUUACAACGUUUUCCUGAGAAAGAUUGGCCAGACACUCCUUUUAUAGAUGGUAUUGAAUUGUUUUGUCAACCUCAAGGAUGGUCAUUGUCAACUGUUCGUCAGCAGCCAACAUUUUUUGUAUCAGUUUUAACAGAUAUAGAUGCAAAUCGACAUUAUUGUGCAUGCUUGUCUUUUAAUGAACCAAUUGCUAUCACUCCAAGUAAACCACCUGACGAUGAAGGAGAGGAAGAAGUGGUAGAAAAUGCAGGACUAAUUCAACAUCAUUCAUUAAUGUAUGCCCCAAAAUGUUUAGUUCUUGUGUCAAGAUUAGAUUACUUCAAUACUUUCAAGAACUGCUUAGGAAUAACAUAUACAGUUUAUAUAGACAAUAUGAUGCCCAAUAUUCAAAUGGAAACUUUAGUAGGAAAUAUAUUGGGCUGCGUACAAGUCCCACCUCCUGGGGGACCUCAAGUUCGAUUUUCUAUAGGUGCUGGAGAUAGGCAAGCUCUUCAACCUCCUCUUAGUGCCUCAUUGCCUGUUACUAAUAUCACAGUAUAUCAAAUUUUUCAAGAACUUGGAAUUCAUAAUGUUGUCAUAUUAUUUUGUGCAGCUAUGACAGAACAUAAGAUUCUUUUCUAUUCAAGAAGCUAUUCACGUUUAACAGAUGCCUGUCAUGCCAUCACUGCUUUAAUGUACCCAUUUAAAUACAGCCAUGUAUAUAUUCCAUUGUUACCUGCAGCUCUUAUUGAAGUUUUAAGCACACCAACACCCUUUAUUAUGGGUGUACAUUCUUCACUACAAGAAGAGAUAGCAGAUUUGUUGGAUGUAAUAACAGUUGACUUGGAUGGGGGUUCUAUUAAUAUUCCUGAAUGUGUAACUAUACCAUUGCUUCCAGAGCCCUUACAUUCUCAGCUCUAUUCUCAUCUUUGUAUGAUAUUAAGGCCAGAAUUAAUGAUUGCUGAUGAUGCAUUUCCUUCUUCACAGCAGAAAGUUUGUCAGCCUGUUAUAUUGGAUAAAGAAAUACGUGCUGUUUUUUUACGUAUAUUCGCACAAUUAUUACAAGGAUACCGUUCCUGUCUUACUAUUAUACGUAUACAUCCAAAACCAUUUAUUACUUUUCAUAAGGCAGCUUUUUUAGGUCAGAGGGGUCUAACAGAUAGCGAAUUUGUUACAAAGGUGCUUGACUGUAUGUUUUUUAACACUUUCGUUUCUGAAAGAGGGCCCCCAUAUCGAGUCUGUGAUAUUUUUGAUGAGCUUUAUGCAGGCAUGCAAGAUGUAAUGAAAGCAGAAACAAAAAAUCCAGAAUUAGCUUUGAAACAUAUUGAAGAUUUAGCAAAUCAACUGUAUUUAAAUGAAAAUCCAAAUCCUCAACCAUAUGUUCAAAAAAUACCAAGACCUACUGAAGGAGCUUUUACUAGAAUUCAUCAACCUACAUUUCCUCUUUUAUGUGGUAAAUUAGUUCAAGAAAUAAUGGAAGAUGGCUUAACAAAAAAUAAUCUCAGAACAAAAUUACAAGCAAUGAAACCUCAACAACCACAUAUUGUUCCAAUGGGUAUUCCAAUCACUGCACUUGAAGAUAAUAGAAGUUUGACAAAUAGUGCAAGGAGAUUAGAAGUAUUAAGAAAUUGUGUAACUUGUAUAUUUGAAAAUAAAAUCUCUGAUGCACGGAAGACUUUUCCAGCAGUAUUAAGAGCUCUUAAAAAUAAGACUGCUCGAUUAGCUUUAACUCAAGAAUUAGCAAAUCAUGUUACAGGAAAUAAAGCAAUGUUGGAACAUCAGCAAUUUGAUCUUGUUGUUAGACUUAUGAAUUGUGCUCUUCAGGAUGAUUCUAGUAUGGAUGAACAUGGUGUAGCUGCAACAAUUCUUCCACUGGCUAUGGCAUUUUGUCGGAAACUAUGUACUGGUGUAAUACAAUUUGCUUAUACAUGUAUACAAGAUCAUGCUGUGUGGUCAAAUCAACAGUUUUGGGAAGCUGCUUUUUAUCAAGAUGUUCAACGUGAUAUUAGAGCUUUAUAUGUUCCACAUAGUAUCCAAAUGAAUGAUAGAAAAUCUCUCUCUCCAACUAGUCCACGAGAUUUAUCCAUAUAUGUUGUUUUUAAGAAUAAAGAUCUUGGAUCUUUAUGGAGUCGAGAAGGUGGCCGUAAUGGAGGUGAUGUAAAUAAUCGGAGAUCUACAGGUCAUUAUCUACGACCUUCAGAACCAACAGCUUUGGAGAUAGCUGCUGAACAGAUGAGAUUAUGGCUUAUGAUUGAUAAAAUACAACAAAAAGAAUUGAUUAAUAAUGAAGAAUCAACUGUAUAUAGUCAAGCUAUUCAUUUUUCAAAUCGUAUGGUUUCUUUAAGAAUUCCUCUUGAUUCAAGUAAAGGAAUUAUGACACCAGUUGAUGUUGAAAGAGACAGCAAUAGUAAUAGCAUUGUAACUACAAGUAUUGCAGAAACUGAUAGUUUUGGAGCAGAAAGUGGAUUUGAAGAAGAUACUUCUGAAGUUGGGGUGAAUGUUAUAAAAUUUGUUUCUAGAUUUGUUGAUAAAGUUUGUACUGAAAGUGGUGUAACAGAAGAACAUAUCAAGUCUCUACAUCAAAUGAUUCCAGGUGUAGUAGCAAUGCAAUUAGAAACAUUAGAAGCUGUACAUAGAGAAAGUAAGCGACUACCUCCAAUAAUGAAACCUAAAAUACUAACUCCUAGUCUACUGCAAGGAGAAGAAUUAGUGAUGGAAGGUUUAAGAGUUUAUUUAAUACCAGAUGGCAGAGAAGAAGGAACAGGAGGAAUUUUAGGAGGACCUCUGCUUUUACCUGCAGAAGGUGCUUUGUUUUUAACAAAUUACAGAAUAAUAUUUAAAGGAAUUCCUUGCGAUCCAUUUGCUUGUCAGCAAACAAUUGUAAGAAGCUUUCCUAUUGCUAGUUUAACAAAAGAGAAAAGGGUAAACACACAAUAUCUUUCACAUCUGGAUCAAAUUUUGCGAGAAGGACUUCAAUUAAGAUCAAGUACUUUCCAGUUAAUAAAAGUAGCAUUUGAUGAAGAAGUAACAUCUGAAAAUAUAGAAAUGCUGCGAAAAUUAAUAAAUAAAGUGAGAUAUCCAGCAACCAUAUUUCAUGUUUUUGCAUUUAGUGGUCAGUUAACUGUUCCUCAGACACCACUUCAUAAGCAGAAAGAGAAAAAUGCAACUUUAAAGUUUAAGAAAACAUUACUCAAGACUGCCAUGAAAGCAGGUUUUAAACCUAAACCAUCUUCUCGAAAACAAAAAUAUAUUAUUCAUGGACCUGGUGAUGCAAAAACUUUGCCGAGUCCAAACAGGAUGCCAUCAUCUACUUUUGACAGUGAAAAUGAAAGACCAAUCUCUCUCUACGAUGAUGAUUUAUCUAUUAUAGAUGAAAGUGAUCUGAACACAAUAACACCUCAUGUAUCAACUCCUCAUAUGGAUUCCAAAACUUUAGAGAAAUUAUCAGAAAGAAGUUAUUGUAAAGAUUAUCAGAGGUUGGGCUUAGGCUCUUUAAAUAGUAAUAAUUCCAAAGGAAAAAGUGAUGGCCUCCGUAUUACCUCCAUUAACAGUACUUACAGUAUUUGUAGAAGUUAUCCUGCAUUACUUGUUGUUCCGCAAUGUAUAUCAGAUGAUAAUAUAAGAAAAUUUUCAAGGUGUUAUGUACACUAUAGAUUUCCUGUUGUUACAUGGUGUCAUCCAAGAACAAAAGCACUGUUAUUACGUGCAAGUGGAUUUCAUGGUAAAAGUGUAAUGGGUAUGCUAAAAGGACAUCAAACAUCAUCAAGUGCCUCUAGUGAGACAUCAGCACAUAUUGAACAUGAAAAGUACAUAUCAGCGAUAGUAAAAAUAACUCCUUUAUCAACUCUAAGAUCUGUUGUUGGCUCAGACGGAAUACAUGAUUCCACUCUUAGCAUCACAUCAUUAGUUCUUGGCAGUAGUGGUAUGGAUAAUUUUCCUACACUUACUCCAGAAGUUAUACGCCGUUCAAAUCCAAUACAAAAGGCUGUAAACAGUUUACGUUCCUCAGGAGGAAAAGGUGGAAAACAAUUAAGGUGGGGUAGUUUAAAAGAAAGAAGACAAGGAUCUACAACUAGUCUGGGCUCAGAAUUUGCCUUACGUAAUACCUCAAGAUUCUCAGAUACAGACGGUAUUGAAGCUGCUCACACUUUACAUAGAGUGGCACUUUAUAUUUUUGGUGAAAAAGGACAAAUUAAAGGAAUUAAAGGUGACUCGUUUCCUAACUGUGAUUUUAUUACUGUUGAUUUCUACGAAGUUCGCCAAGUAAAGACAAGUUUUAAGAAAUUAAUGAGAGCAUGUGCUCCCAGUAGUCCUGUUACUGAACCAGAUCAAAGUUUCUUUCAUGCUGUUGAAAGUUCUGAAUGGCUAAAUCAACUUCAAUGUAUUUUGCAACUGUCUGGUGCCAUUGUUGAUUUAGUUGAUGUACAAGGUUCAUCUGUAAUGGUUUGUCUUGAAGAUGGAUGGGAUGUUACUACUCAGAUUGUUUCAAUUGCUCAAAUUUGUUUAGAUCCAUAUUACCGAACAUUUGAUGGUUUCCGUGUACUUAUUGAAAAGGAAUGGUUAGCCUUUGGACAUCGAUUUACUCACCGUGGUAAUCACACAGCUGCCACUUCAGCAAGUGGUUUCACUCCUCUAUUUUUACAGUUUUUAGAUGUGAUACAUCAAAUUCAUCUGCAGUUUCCACUCUCAUUUGAAUUCAACCAAUAUUAUUUAAAAUUUUUGGCCUAUCAUUAUGUGUCUUGUCGAUUUAGAACAUUUCUUUUGGAUACUGAAUGUGAAAGGUCAGAAAUGAGAUGGUUAGAGGAAAGAAGUUCUCGUCAUAGAGGAUUGGAUGGCGGAUCUGAUGACGAAAGUGGAUUUACUUUAAAGUCUAAUUCUCUAUCUUCUGGGCCAUUAGGAACUUCAUUUUGGGACUAUGUUGAAAAAUUAUGGACUAAAUCACCUGUUUUUUAUAAUUUUUGGUAUUCUCCCAAUCAAGAUGAAGGUUUUCAGGUUUUACGACCAUAUUCAAACAUAUCCAAUUUAAAAAUAUGGAGUUAUUAUAUAGAAGAAAAUUUAGCACAUGGUCCUUUGUAUGAUGUUGAAAUAAUAGCAAUGGAAAAACAGAAGGAAGAGGAAGCUGAAGCUGCAGAUGGAAAUAUUAACCAAAGUUCUCGCCGUGUUCUCCACAAAUGUUAUGACAACAUUCAGAGUGUUGAAACUGAUGUAUUCAGCCAGUUACUAGAAAGUAUACAUAAUCAAGAGACUGAAUUGGGUCAUUUACCACAAAAGUGGCAAGUAUUAUGGGAAAAAUUAGAGCUUCCUUGCACUGAUCCACUACAACGUCAAGUUUCUUUUACUACACAAAUGAUUCGAUCUCAUGGACGCUCAAUUCAUAAACGUUCUACUAUAGAAAUUUUGGUCAGAGGUAAAAUGAUAGGUGAAGGUACUCAGCCUCAAGUAUAUUCUCAUCCUCAUCGUUUUGAAAAAUAUAAUUACACUACUCCAACGUAUUGUGAUUAUUGUUCACAUAUUUUAUGGGGCCUUGUAAAGACAGGUAUGAGAUGUAUGGAUUGUGGUUAUAAUUGCCAUGAAAAAUGUUUAGAAGCAGUUCCAAAGAAUUGUACAAAAUAUAAAUCUGUAAUUGAUUCUGGUGCUGUUACAAAUGCAGUAUCAAAAGGAGGAAGUGCAGAAAAUUCUUCUGUUUCUUCAAGCGUUACAACUAUGCAAACAAGCAGUCAGUACUAUGACCAGUUUUCAUCAAAUGUAGCAGAAAACAGAACACAUGAAGGUUAUUUAUAUAAAAGAGGUGCACUUCUAAAAGGAUGGAAGCAACGCUGGUUUGUUUUGGAUUCAAUUAAACAUCAGGUUAGUAACUAGUUUAAAAUUCAUAUA